GUGCUGAGCUCUCCUCUAAGGGGCACCGUAGGACAGCAGACGGAAAACCUCUCACAAACAAAUGGCGUCCCUCCAGUGCGAAGCAGCUGAUUUCCUACCGAGCAAGGCAGGAGGAACGGCGGAAAGAUAAACAGGGCGCCACCGGAUCUCUUCUCAGCAAGGUUGUGUACUGUUUUUUUUGUUUGUUUGUACGAUUCGUGUGGCAGGGUGACGACUGGAUGUUGCGCACUGUUCUGUAAUCGAGAGUAAACCGCUGUUCCGGUGUACAAACAAUCCUCCUGUCAAGCAAAACAGAAAGAAGAGUGUCAGCUGCGGCUCGUGCUUCCCGCCGUUUGCUUAUUUUAUCUGCGCUUAGGCUUUUUUAUGAUUUGACUCGAGGUUUUUUGGUGUCAGUGUUUGACCAGAGCUCGAACUCAGGCGCUGUAGGCGACAGAAGCAGGUCAAAUGUGUCCGCCCCGACGUUUCAGGGCUACAUAUUGAAUAUGGGCAUCACCCCUUCAGAGGUAUCAUCCUCCUCCUCUACCACCGCCACCUCCUCCGCCUGACUGGUUGGCCGCCUGUUCGUUAAUCCAAUUCAAGAGAUCAUCUCUUCAGCCCUUCCUGAGGUUACACUAUCAAGACGGCGUUAUCUCAGAAAGCCAGCUCCGUGGCGGUGAAGAUGACCACGGCGCGGUACCGUCCCACGUGGGAGCUGGCCGUGGACCCUCUGGUCUCAUGUAAGCUGUGCCUUGGAGAGUUCCCUCUGGAGCAGAUGACCACCAUCACACAGUGCCAAUGUGUCUUUUGUACACUGUGCCUGAAGCAGUAUGUGGAACUCCUGAUUAAAGAUGGCCUUGAAACUGCAAUUAGCUGUCCGGACUCUGCCUGUCCUAAAAGAGGACACUUGCAAGAAAAUGAGAUUGAGUGCAUGGUGGCCACAGAGAUGAUGCAGAGAUACAAGAAACUUCAGUUUGAAAGGGAGGUAUUGCUGGACCCGUGCCGAACAUGGUGCCCUUCGUCGACCUGCCAGGCGGUGUGCCAGCUAAAGGAAGCGGAUUCUCCAGCCCUGCCCCAGCUGGUCCAAUGUGCUGUAUGUGCCCUCGAGUUCUGCUCGGCCUGCAAGGCCAACUGGCACCCCGGGCAGGCCUGCCAGGAGAACAACCUGCCCAUUACGUCCUUCCUACCAGGAGAAAACAGCUCUUUUUAUAAAAACGAAGAGGAUGAUGCACCAAUCAAGCGCUGUCCUAAAUGUAAAGUUUACAUUGAGAGGGACGAGGGCUGUGCACAGAUGAUGUGCAAGAACUGCAAGCAUGCCUUCUGCUGGUACUGUCUGGAGUCCCUAGAUGAUGACUUUCUCCUGAUCCACUAUGACAAAGGGCCCUGUCGAAACAAACUGGGGCACUCCAGGGCGUCCGUUAUCUGGCACAGAACACAGGUUGUGGGAAUCUUUGCUGGCUUUGGCCUUCUCCUGCUGGUUGCCUCUCCCUUCCUCCUCCUGGCCACUCCCAUCGUACUCUGCUGCAAGUGCAAGUGCAGCAAAGGCGAUGAUGACCCAUUGCCAACCUAAAAAACACCAUCUGAGUUGGCACAGGGAGCCGCUUCAAGGAUGGGCCCAUCUAUUUUUGUCCUUUUUCACCCCUUUUACAUUUUUUUCCCAUCCCACCAGCUUUGAAAGCUUUCUUCUUUUUUGGGCUCAACCUGCACCAGCCCAAGCCGCUUGGGGAUCCAUUGCUCUGCAUGAGGGAGGCAUGGCAGAAAAGCGACCCUACAUGUUUAUCUCAAGGGAGAGAGGUGCAGGGGUCAGAGGUUAGUGGACAUGAGACUCAUGGAGGGACUACUGUGUCCAAAUGUAUGAGAAGUUGCCAGACUGGGGACAUGGAGGAUGGACUGCACCACUUCGCUUGCCC